GGUGCAUGCUGGGUAGGCAGAGGGUGGAAGUUUCCCACACCUCCCCAGAGAAGGUCAGUGGGCCCUGCCCCAAGCUUCCUAACUCAGGACUUCAGUUUCCUGCAGAGCAGAAACAUGACAGGAGGCAGGCGUGGUCCUCGCUCUGGCUCUCUGCCGCUCCACGUGCUCGCGCCCUCUCCCGGCCUGGUGCUAAGCAGUGUCAUGAGUCUGGACCAGGCCACCCGCUGCGGACUUUGGCAUUAGCUGUAGCUAGUGUGGAAGCCCGGAAAGACUGGGAGCAAAGUCUAUCAACGAAGCAAAAGAAGGAGCUUCAGGCACCGUCCUGCCUGCUAGCUCUCCUCGGGAGGUAAGCAGGACACUGGGAGCCGGGGGCUCUGAGGGGGCUCUCCUGGGAUCGCACCGAUUGAUAAUUCAAAGCCGUAAGCUCUUCAUGUGCUUCCUCACAUGCUCUCCCCUUGACCCUGCACAGCUCCCAGGGGGGCCAUGGUGGGUGUCGGCCCCGCCGCUAGAAUAGAAAACAGGUUGAGACAUGCAAUGAGAUACUCAGCAUCACGCAGUAAGUUUGGAGCCAACAGGACUAAGGUGCAGGGCUCUUUGCCCUGUACAAGUUUCCAAAGAGAAGGCCCGGUUUACAUUUAGAGUCUAGAUGCCUCUAGCUUAGCAGGGAGGGGAGACAGCAAACCAGGUUCCUCUGCUCCUGUGCAGCACGUCUGCACACAGGCCCUGGCGACUCUGGCUUUAGUUAAGGUCGCCACACACUCGGGGUCUGCCUAGAGCUGAGCUUUGCUUAGGUGAGACAUGGUUUGCCAGUUACCUACCAGGCAGGUAAUUUCUCAGUCUGCUCAGAUCAGACCUCCAGCUGGGGAGGCUGUUAGGGGCAAGGAGUUAAGAGCCAGCAUGAACUACACAAGUCUUCCUGCCCAGCCUCGGCUGCCACCUGCAGGUCACUCGGGCUCCGCCAUGUGGCUGCCUCUGCUGCUGGGAGUCUUGCUCUGGGCAGUGCUGUGGUGGCUCAGGGACCAGCAGAGCCUGCCCGCCAGCGAUGCUUUCGUCUUCAUCACCGGCUGUGACUCAGGCUUCGGGCGGCUUCUGGCACUGAGACUGGACCAGAGAGGCUUCCGAGUCCUGGCCAGCUGCCUGACCCCCGCGGGGGCAGAGGACCUACAGCGGGUGGCCUCCUCCCGCCUCCACACCACCCUGCUUGAUGUCACUGAGCCCCAAAGUGUCCAGCGGGCAGCCAAGUGGGUGGAAACACAUGUCGGGGAAGCAGGGCUUUUUGGUCUGGUGAAUAACGCUGGUGUGGCAGGGAUCAUCGGGCCCACCCCGUGGCUCACACAGGAUGAUUUCCAUCGGGUGCUUAAUGUGAAUACGCUGGGUCCCAUCAGGGUCACCCUUGCCCUGCUGCCCCUCCUACAGCAGUCCCGGGGCCGAGUGGUCAACAUCAGCAGUGUCUUGGGCCGCCUGGCAGCCAAUGGUGGUGGCUACUGUGUCUCCAAGUUUGGCCUGGAGGCCUUCUCUGAUAGCCUCAGGCGGGAUGUGGCUCAUUUUGGGGUCCGAGUCUCCAUCGUGGAGCCCGGCUUCUUCCGAACCCCCGUGACAAACCUGGAGCAUUUGGAGAACACACUGCAGGAGUGCUGGGCACGGCUACCUCCCAGCACACAGGCCCACUAUGGGGAGGCCUUUCUCCCCAAGUACUUGCAAGUGCAGCAGCACAUCAUGAGCCUGAUCUGUGACCCAGACCUGACCAAGGUGAGCAGGUGCCUGGAACAUGCCCUGACUGCUCGUUACCCCAGAACCCGGUACAGCCCAGGCUGGGAUGCCAAGCUGCUCUGGCUGCCAGCCUCCUACCUGCCAGCCAGCCUGGUGGAUGCUGUGCUCACCUGGGUCCUUCCCAAGCCUGCCCAGGCAGUCUACUGAAUCCAGCUGUCCAGCAAGAGAUUGUUUUCUGUCCCCACCCUGGUACUGCCUGGUGGCCUGCACAAACUAAGCACUCAAUAAAUGUGUAUUGUUAAAAAAAAAAAGAAAACACUGUAGGUGGGCAGAAAUGAAGUUGCCUGGUGAGAGACUGGCCCCAUUUGAGAGCUACCCCUUAGGCUGACUUCCUGCCCAGGGUCUCUGGCCUAUUUAGUAUGUGCAAAACAACCAGCAACCACUGAGCAUCUGCCCUCCCCUCUGACCGCCUGUCUGCAGGCGCUCUUUGGAGCUGCACCUGGAAGAAUGGCCAUCAGACGGCACUGGUGGACAUUUCACUUCCUUUCAGUUCACUGUUGGGAGUGCCAGUGGCCUUACCUGUUUUUCUUGGGAGGGAGGGAAGGUGGUAAAGUGGGGUCAGGGCAAGGCUGGGUGGUUUCCAUGGGGAAAAACAAAAGGCAAUACCCACUUAAA